CACGCGCGCUCUCUCGACGACCGCGCCGUCACGAUGAACCCCGAAUACGAUUACCUCUUCAAGCUCCUGCUGAUUGGUGACUCCGGCGUCGGCAAGUCGUGCCUCUUGCUGCGCUUCGCGGACGACACCUACACGGAGAGCUACAUCUCCACCAUCGGCGUGGACUUCAAAAUCCGCACCGUGGACCUGGAAGGCAAGACCGUGAAGCUCCAGAUCUGGGACACCGCGGGCCAGGAGCGGUUCCGCACCAUCACGUCGUCGUACUACCGAGGCGCGCACGGCAUCAUCGUCGUGUACGACGUCACCGACCAGGAGAGCUUCAACAACGUGAAACAGUGGCUGAACGAGAUCGAUCGGUACGCGAACGAGAACGUCAACAAGCUUCUCGUCGGGAACAAGAGCGACCUCACCGCGAAGAAGGUUGUCGACUACCAGACGGCGAAGGCGUUCGCGGACGAGAUUGGCAUUCCGUUUUUAGAGACGUCGGCGAAGAACGCGACGAACGUCGAGGAGGCGUUCAUGAAGAUGGCGGGUGAGAUCAAGAACCGGAUGGCGUCGCAGCCGGCUCUGAACAACGGGCCGAAAGGGGCGACGGUGCGGCCGGGGGAAGGGCGGCCGGUGAACGCGAACAAGAGCAACUGCUGCUAGACGCGGGGAGGACUGGGGGGAAGAUUUUUGUUCGACGGAAAAAAAAAAGGGACCGCUCGCGGAGAAGGAAGCGCGCGCGCGCGCGCGCUCUCCCUUGUUUUAUAUGAUUUUUUUGUCGGUUGAUCUCGAUGUGGUGCGGCGUGUGCGUGCCCUCGUUCACGUCGUCGCGUCCGUCGCGCUUGGCGCUGUGCUAUGAUGCGAUGCGCGCGGCGUCUUUGUGACCGCCGCGCCCCGGCGCCCCGGGCGUUUUUUCCUC